UUUUUCUGUCAUUUCUUUACUCGCAAUUGUUUUCAAUUUAAAUAAUUAUCGUUUACUAAUUAACCUUAAAUUUUUAACCUUUAAUCGUAAUUACCUUUACAACAACUUCUAUUUAAAGUGAAACCUUUGGUCUAAAUCUUUUUUGCUUUUAACUGAUUUUCUUUUUUCUUUUCUCUUCUCACUUUACUCUUUUUCUCUUUUUCUCUUUUCUAUUUCUCUCUCCCUCUUUCUCUCUCUCUCUCACUAGUGUGUGUGUGUAUGUGUAGUAGUUGCUGCGCUUCACGGUUUCUGUUUUUAGUGUAUCAAUUUUGAUUUUUCUCUGGUUAACAAUUUAACCUCAACUCAAUUUUGUUUUGUGUACCUUCACCUUUACUAAAUUAAUACAGUCCAAUGGCUUUUCGACGACCUUUCUUCAGUGAAACUCCUUAUUAUCGAUCUGAUAUACAGAAUUCACCAAAUUUUAGAAAUGAUGCUUUUAACAUGAGACCCGGGCCACCUCCACCUUCAACCUUAGACUUAAAUAGGGGUAACCCUCUUUAUCUUAGUCCAUUUAAUGAUCAUAAAAUGUCACAAGACGUCAAGUUUAAUCCUAAUUUCAAUUCUUACGGAGCAAUCAGGAAAGAUCCACCAAUGUUUAGCGGGUUUGAAGGUAAUAAUCGCCCUUUAUUUUCGGGUGGACCAUCAGGCUAUCCAGAACCACCAUUCCUUGAAGAACCCUCUGUUAAGCGUUUUAAGCAAACCUUUCCCCAAAGUACACCUCGUCAAUUUGUUAAUAAAGGACCUGCUGCAACAAUUCAACAACGUAAUCAGGGUGGAAUUAAACCUCCUCUAGACAAGCCGAAACCUCCACCACCUUCACUGGAAAAGUUACAAUCUUUGGAGAAAAGUGGAGUUCUUCCAACCCCUGAUAGUGCUGGUUCCUCAUUCCACUGUUUCUAUUGUGAUGCUUUCUGUAAUUCCUUAAUUACUGCUGAGUGUCACAUCGAUAGUCCUAAACACAAGAAGCAUAUGACUGAACCCAAUGAGAAAUUACAAGGCGUUGAUUUAAAAUUCGUUAUGAAAACUGACAAAAUCACUGAUGUUAAUAUAUUAAAAUCUCGGAAAGAAGAAUUGAAAAAAUUGACAGAUGACCAGAAGACCAGAUAUGCCGAGCAAAUGAUUCGACUUAAAAAUGGUGUUGGUGGUGAAGCAUUUUAUUGUCUGCUUUGUAAUAGUCCUUUAAACUCACCAAAGGUCAUCGAUCCUCAUAUCACGAGUUUACGACAUAUAGCAUUCUACGAAACUCAUAAAACUGAAAUUGAAAAAGCAGAAAAGGAAAGGGAGGAAGAAGCCAAAAAAGAAAAAUCUGAUGGACCAACUCAGGACAAAGUUACAUUAGAUGAGCAGCUCAAAUUGGUUAAAGUACCAGUAAUAGGAUUGGAAGAGAUUGUUGAAUACAUCGAUCCAGAAAAUGAAGAGAUGAGAAUCUACGAGUGUUCAUUGUGUAAAGUCUUUAAUAAUGCUGCAACCGUCGUAAAUCAUGUUAUUGGAUUUAAACAUCGAGUUAAUUACAUUAAAAAGGCUCGUCCAUUAGAAGCUUGGAGUUUCAGUGAAAGAACUCGAGAGACAAUGUCUCUUGCUCAAGGAAAAGCAAAAGAGAUUGAAGAAGCUGAUGGUAGAAAAAAAUGGACCGUUAAAAAUGAGAAGCCCAAAAUUCCUCCAAAUGUAUCGGUUAGUCCUACAAAGAAGGUAAAUCUCAAAGAAAUCAACGAACAAUCGGUUCCUUUUGAAAUGAAUGGUCCAAGUGUUCUCGAUGUCUUUACUAAUUACAAAAUUGAAAGUGACUCGGAUGCUCAGAAAGCAGUUGAAAUAGUCAAUUCAUUGAUUGACUCUCUUCUCAAGUACAAGUUGAGCAAGUUUCCCGCCGAAAUGCGAACUGUAUUAGCAUCUAAACUGAUCAGCGAGGGAAUCAAGACAAGUCUAGAUAAACAUUUGGUAAACGGUGUUACAGAACCAGAAGAAUCAAAUUUAAAGAGUGAUAAAUCAACCGUAUUGGCUUAAUUAACCACAAACAUCAUAUUUAAUCACCUUUUUCUUUUUUGGUUCUGGUAACAAAAUUAAUCCAUCUAAACUCUUACUAUUACUUCAUUCACCACUUUGCUCUCUCUCAUCUAUACACUCGACAAAACUACUAUCGACGACCAACUUUAUACUAACCUCAAUCUCACUCUUCUUCUAUCCCUUUGUCUUUUUCUCUCUCUCUCUCUCUUUUCUCUAACUCCCUUCUCAUAUUUGUCAAUGACAAACUUUAUGCAACCCUUUCCAAAUUAGUGUAUUAUCUUUUGUUCAAAAAUCAUUUUCUUAAUUCUCAAUCAAACACUUAAUGUAAUGGUUGUUUAAUAAUCACUGAAUAACUUUCUUUUUCUUUCUCCAACAACAACAAAAAUUCACCAAUUUAUCAUCACCUUAAUCAUCUUCUCUCGAUCAUCACUCUUGACAUAAUCAUUUUCAUCAUCUAUCUACUCACCAAUGGAUACCCAAUCUGAGAGAGAAACAACAAUGGAUUCUACUCCAUCACUUGACAAAAGAAAAAUAUAACUGUAAACAACCAUAAAAAAUACCUAUGUCAAAUUGGAAGACAAAGAUUAUCAACAAUUAACUUACAAAAUCAUCUUUUCAUCAUCAACCAUCAGCAUCUUAUAGAUUAUCACGGGUUCUCUUUUUUUCUUCGUCCUCUCUCUCUCUCUCUCAAGAUAAACUUACACAAGUUGUAUUACCUCAUGGAAGGAUAUCUAUCUCUCAUCAAUAAUCAACCAUCAGUAAUAAUUCAGGAAAAAAUCAGUAUCUAAUAUCCAGGAAGCCAAAUAAAUUAAUUAACCGUCGCAACAGUAAAAAUCAUCAUCAUUCCUUGAGAAAACAAAAAAUCACUUAAUCCAAACAUGAAAAUUUCAGUUCAUUUUACCAUCAAACUCACUUGACAACAAAAGGAAAACAAACAAACAAAAACAAUUUAAUAUCUUGUCAAUUUCAACAAGUCAUCUUUUGGAUUUCAUUAAAAACAAUUAAUUAAAUUAAACAUUUUCACGAUU